AUGACUACCGUACUGCUACGUCGAUCACUGUUUUCUGUGCGUUCUCAGCACGUCCUACCGCGCAGUUUCAGCUCACUUGUCUCACCUAUUCGUCGCGUUUGCGUCGUCGGCUCUGGUCCCGCGGGCUUUUACGCCACCAAGUACCUGCUUAAGGAACAUGCCGGUGUACGAGUCGAUAUGCUAGAGGUGCUCCCCACACCGUUCGGCCUCGUGCGCUCCGGUGUAGCGCCUGAUCAUCCGGAGGUGAAGAGUGUCAUGAAUGAUUUUGAUAUGGUGGCGGCUAACAAGCGCUUCCGCUUCCUGGGAAACGUGCGUGUGGGCGAGGAUGUGACGCUUGCCGAGCUGCAGCAGCACUACCACGUCAUAGUGCUCGCGUACGGCGCUGCUGGAGAUCUUGAGCUGGGCAUUCCUGGUGAAAAUCUGCGGGGUGUCAUGGCGACUCGUACGUUCGUGAACUGGUACAAUGGCCACCCGGCGUUCCGGAAUUUGGAGUUGGAUUUGAAACAGGCUGAGACGGCCGUCAUCAUCGGCCAGGGUAAUGUAGCCGUGGACUGUGCUCGGAUCCUUACAAAGAAUAUAGAAUUGUUGGCUAUGACUGACAUGGCAGCUCAUGCAGUGGAAGUACUGCGAAACAGCGGUAUCAAAAAGGUGUUUCUGGUGGGACGACGAGGCAGUGCACAAGCGGCGUUCACGAUAAAGGAAGUUCGUGAGCUGACCAACUUGGAUGAUGUUGCGUGCAUUGUUGACCCAGAUGAUUUGAAAUGCAGCAUGACUCCCGCGUCUGAGCAGGAGAUUAAGGAGCAUCGAGCCCGAAAACGCAUGAACGAUUUGUUGGGCAAGGCGGCUGCGCAGUUCGACCAAACUGGGAACGCCAAGCGUGUUGUGCAAAUCAAGUUUCUAAGAUCGCCGACAGAAAUUAUUGCCGACGAUAACGAUCCAACGCGGGUGGGGGUAAUUCGUGUAGAGAAGAUGAAGCUGGAGGGAGAGGCAAACCAGCAGCGUGCUGUGGGAACAGGAGAGUUUGAUGAAAUUCCAUGUGACCUUGUGCUGCGCAGUAUUGGCUACAAGUCACUACCUAUUGAGGCAGAUAUGCCAUUUGACAACUGUCGCCAUAUAGUUUCGAACGAGCGAGGUCGUGUUGUCACUACUUUGAGGAACGGUGAUAAAAAGCCUGUGGUAGGCUUAUACUGUACCGGAUGGGUAAAGCGUGGCCCCUCUGGCAUUAUUGGUACCAAUAUUGUUGACGCACGGGAGACGGUAGGGUGCAUUGUAGAAGAUUUUGCCACGGGUAAUUUUCUUCACAGCGAGAAUAGAGCCGAUGUUGAAUUGGAUGGACUGCAGUCUGUAGAAAAGCUUAUCAGGAAGCGCAACCCUGACAAGCAGUUGGUUCAAUGGGCUGACUAUGAGCAUCUUAACGCCGAGGAAAAACGUCGCGGUAGGAUUGUCGGGAAGCCACGCGAGAAGGUGACAUCCGUGACAGAAAUGCUUGAAAUUGCGAAAAAGGUUGAGCAGGAACAGACAUAG